CAAUAACUCAACAACAAUAUUGUCCAAAUGAAAUUAUUCACGAGUUUUGUAUUUUGAAUUAUUUUUAACUAUUUAAUAUGUUUCAAUUAUUAUCAAGGCUUACAUCAAAUAAGUGUCUUUUUUUUAAUAAUUUACAAAAGUUAAAGAAUAUUAACAGCGUUAGCAGUUUUUUACCAAAAGCCAAUUUUAGUAACACACAACUAUAUAACCAAAAAGUUGUGACUGAAAGCAGCAUCUCAAAGGUAGAACCCAAAGGUUUAAUUGAUAAUGUUAAAGAUGUUUUGUUAAAAAAUCAGGAUACAAGAUUGUUUGCUGUUGUCCAUCUAUGUGGGAAACAAUUCAAAAUUACAGAUGGCGAUAUAAUUCUUGUACAAGGAUACUGGCCUCCAACAAAUGGUGACAAGAUUCGGCUCGAUAAAGUUCUUUUAGUAGGUGCAAAUGAUUUUACACUGAUAGGUCAACCAAUUUUGGAACCAGGUAUAUGUGAUGUACAAGCGACAAUCAUUGAAAAAACUUUAAGUCACACAAAAACACAUUUUCGAAAGAAAAGAAGAAAACAAUAUCAAAGGAUCAAUUUCUUUAGGUCGCCACACACAAUGAUAAGAAUUAAUUCAAUAAAUAUUAAUCCUAAUUUUAAUACUGAUGGCAAAAGUCAAGCCGAAAUGGAUUUGAAAUUAUUUUAAGUAACACAAGUUUUUUUUUUGUUCAAUUAAUAUUUUAUUAAUCUAAAUGCGUUAUCCAUAAAAUUUUUUUGAAGAUUUCAAUGAACUUCAUUUCGAAUCAUUAAUAUUUUAUAUUAUUGUUAAUGAGCGUUAAUUGUAUAAUAAACAAUUUAAUAGCAA